CAUCUAAGGACGCGAUGGGUAAGUCCAUGAUCCAUCGGCUGGCAGCUUAAAUUGCCAGUGUUCGUCAGUCUAGCGAAUAUGGUUGUGAGCGGUAGCGAUGGUUGCUGAAUUAACAUUGCUUUCCUCAGGCAAUUGUCAACAAAAAAGUAAUUUUUAAUCCUGAAGGACCUGGAAAGCGCGACAUAACACACGUAUAUAAUAUUAUGGCAACUGCUAUUCAAAAGAAUGGCAUGAAACCUCUAAGCAACCGAUCACUAAAUCAUGUUGAAAGUGUUAAUAAUUUGGGUAAUGCUGUUGAAUGUAAAGAGGAAAAGGAUGACGGGUUUGAGUGCAAAAAAGAAAAGGAUGACAUGUUUGAGGGCCAACUUCAGCCUUAUGUGGAUUCUGUUGAGCAAGAAUCUCCUGAGCUUGAUAUUGUCAUUAAUAAUGUAGUUUGUAGCUUCAGCGUCAGGUGUCAUUUAAACCUACGCGAAAUAGCUCUUAAAGGAUCUAACGUUGAAUACAGAAGAGAAAAUGGAAUGAUAACUAUGAAGUUAAGAAGACCAUAUACCACAGCAUCUAUUUGGUCAUCUGGUAAGGUAACUUGCACUGGUGCAACCAGCGAAGUUCAAGCAAAAAUUGCAGCGCGCAGAUUUGCCCGUUCUCUUCAGAAACUUGGAUUUCAAGUGAGAUUCAAUAACUACAGAGUGGUCAAUGUGCUUGGCACUUGUUGUAUGCCAUUUGCUAUCAAGAUAACAUCAUUUUCAGUAUAUCAUAAAGAAAACGCAGAAUAUGAGCCAGAAUUACAUCCUGGAGUUACAUACAAGCUGAAAGAACCAAAAGCUACAUUAAAGAUAUUUUCUACAGGGAGCGUUACUGUAACUGCCCCCAACGUCGCUUCGGUUCAAGCGGCAAUUGAAUAUAUUUAUCCACUAGUCUACGAAUUCCGUAAGGAACGAACAGCGGAAGAUGAGCUCGCAUUCGCGACAAAAAGACGCAAAUUAGACUUGAAAAGAAAUGAAGAACAGUUCCUAGAAGAGCCGAAUUUCCUGUACGAAAGUGUGGCCUCUGAUGAAGAUGAGCUCGACGACAGGGCGAGUGGCGAUAGUUGGGACUGAUCUGUUUUAUUUUAUCAUUUACUGUUAACUGUGAAGCUGUUAUAUACGUGUGUAUGUAUACGUACAUACAUAU